AAUUACAAGCCGUCAAUGUCAGUUGUCAAUCUCCUGUCACAAUGGAGGAAUGAUAAAUAUUGAGCAAUAGAAAUCUUUGGAAUGUAUUUAUUUAUUUUAAUUGUAUAAAUAUUUAUAGUGCAUUCAAGAUGGAAAUACUUCCAGAGGGUGUCAAUGCCUCCAUAAAAAAGGGGCCUGGCCUCUAUGAGUUCCUUGUUGAGGCGGAACUCCAACAUUAUUUUAAUAGUUUCAAAAAUACUUUGAAAAUUGCUCAUCCUUCCCAGCUGAAAUUUACAGCUGAAAGUGAUUUAAUAGAAAUAGGAAUGUCCAAGCCGGAAAUGAGGCGCCUUCGCAAAUACUACGAUAAACACUUUCCUCACAACUAUUUAUCAAAACUCAAGAAAAUCAUCAAUUACAAAAAACAGGGACAAUCUUCUAACGAUGCCUAUCUGCUCAUGAACAUGGACUCUUUGUCCGUUUCGCGGGCCCCCAGAGUCUCAAGCAAGCACAUCAUACCAGCCGCCAGCAUUACCAUUAACAAGGAGCUGGGCAUGGGCGAGUUCGGGGUGGUGCAACAGGGCGUCUGGUGCAAUGAAGGCGAAAGGAUACAGGUCGCGAUAAAAUGCCUAUCGCGGGACCGAAUGCAGAGCAACAUGGUCGAGUUCCUAAAAGAGGCGUCAAUAAUGCACAACAUCGACCACCCCAACAUUGUGCGUUUUUUCGGCGUCGUUUUACCGAACGUUGAGGGAAGUCUGAUGCUCGUGACCGAAUUAGCGCCUCUGCGAUCUCUUCUAGAAUGUUUAAAAGAACCUUCGUUAAGAUCGAGUUUCCCGGUCUUAACGCUUUGUGAUUUUGCUUACCAAAUAUGCGACGGAAUGCAAUACCUCGAAGCCAACCGUCUAAUCCACAGGGACUUAGCUGCAAGAAAUAUUCUAGUUUUCUCAAAAAGCAAAGUAAAAAUUUCCGACUUCGGCCUGAGUCGGGCCCUGGGCCAGGGCAAGGAUUACUACCAGACGAAUUUUAACGUUAAUUUGAAGCUACCAAUCGCCUGGUGUGCGCCCGAAUGUAUAAGUUAUCUCAGAUUUACGACUUCGAGCGACGUUUGGGCGUUUGGUGUGACUUUAUGGGAGAUGUUUUCGUACGGUUUUCAACCAUGGGCGGCCUUGACUGGCCAACAAAUACUUGAAGCGAUCGACGAACCGAAUUUCCAGAGAUUAGAACAACCGGAUUGUUGUCCGCUAGAUCAUUAUAAUUUAAUGUUGGAUUGUUGGAGGCAUGAAGCUUCGGCUCGGCCCAAGUUUGCCGAGAUCGGACCGGUUUUGGCCGAAUGCCGGCCCGAACAAGUCCAAGCCAAAGCUUCGGCCGGGGAAGGCCCGCACAUGCUGUCGUUCCGCGUUGGUGAUGUUAUCACAGUCUUGGAUAAAAAGUCAGUCCCGAAAAAUUUAAAUCAAAAUUUUAAACGUUAUUUUAGGACACACCACCCCCUCUGGAAGGGAGUCACAGCUAGUGGGAAAACUGGGCUUUUUGACCCAAUCAACGUCGUUGCCUACCUUGGUAGUGAUCUCCCGAGUUCUUCGUUUUUGCGCACCGAUAGCACCCGAUCAUCCUCUCGGAAAAAACUCCGAAGUGAAAUGAUUAGUGCCCCUCAGGGUGAUUUAAAACAUACAGGUCAUGUGGGUCUAGACGGGGCUUACUUUGGCGACUUGAGUUUUCUCGGAGGAUCAAAAGGAAGUUAUGGAUCGGUCCCCACGCAAGUCGUGGCGCCCUACCGCCCCCACAAAGACCUGGAGGCGGCGCCUCUCCUGGAAGGGGACCACGUGCCGGCGCCGGCGCCCCUCCAAGACCACGAAUAUCACGAAAUCAGCGAUGAAGAAAACACGCACAGCCCCCAUUUAGACCUGGGGCCCUCGUUAAUGGCCGAGAUGGAGUUAAUGUUGAAUUCGUUUGGGCAUCCGAACCAAGCACUGGACCAUGAGGGCUCCAAUCGGAGUAAUGAGUUGAGAGAGAAAUUGGGGACAAAGUCGAGGAAACAAGCAACGAUUAAACCGAUUUCAACUCAUGAUCAGAAAACUCUCGAUACCGCUAUUGCUCUAGCGAAUGAGUUGAGCACUAGGUCAAUGUCGGCACCGGCGCCUACGACGCCGGCGUCGCCCAACAAAAAGAAAUUCAGUUUUAGGUUUCCCUCAGUUGGGGAACAUGACAAGAACACCGAGAGGAGGAAUUUCUCCGAGGAGGCGUUGUCCACGUCCGAUUUACAGAAAUUUAUGAGUUCACCCUCCUCCCUUGACGAGCUUUCAAACAACAGCUUACGCCUCCCGCUUUGGGACAAAGCUUCGGCCGAAUUCUACUUUGCCAAAUCUCGCGAACUGCUCUCGCGGCCUUUCCCCUCAGCGCACCACCGAGCCCCCCACAGCUCGUGUCGGAACUUGUCGAGUUUGCACGACUACGACUACGGUCUCGAGCACCAAUUCCAAAAUCUCUCGUUCGAAGACAAUUACUAUCGCCCUCAGAUGCAGUACCGUGACCGGACUCUAACAAAAUCCGAAAGCAUGGCCCGGAAGAUUUACGCUCCGGACCCGCGCCUCCACCACGACCAUUUCUUCCGGGAGAACAUCCCGGAGCGGUCGUACAACGCCAACGGCUCGCAGUAUUUCGAGACUUCGUACAUUUACUACAAGACUGAUAACGUGUUUGACUACGAUAAGGACAUGAAGUACAGACACACUGCAACAAAACAGAAAGACUUUUUCGAGAGGCCUCGUACUUUAAGCUUCAGCGAUACGCAGGAUAAUAUUCCGAGGAAAAACGGGCGGAGUAUACGCGAUCGGAACCGAAGACGACAAUCGUAUAAUCCGAAAGCGUACGAAUCGAGUUCGAGCGAUAGCGAUUGUAUUAGUGUCGGGUCUGUGGACUUGGAUUGGCGCAGGCGCAGAAGACUGUCGCGACUUUCGGCCUCCAAUAGUAGUAUUCGGUCGGAAAUGUGCAAAAGGUCGACCAAUCCUUUUCUCAAACCGCAUUUCAGUGCGAAAAUGAUGGGAAGGUCACCGCCUCCAAGUAAUAGCAUUCUGAGCGGGCUGUCGCCCACGUCGGCCGCGAGGUGUCAAAGGACCUCGAAUUCCACGUCUUCGGAAUCUAGUUUGUAAAAGCGCUCGGUUCGGAGGAAGUGAAAAAAUAACAGAAAUUGGAAAAAUUUUUUUAAAAAAAUCAGUGGUAACACAAAUUCACAAAGCCAGAUUAAGGAGAACUCGACUGGUUGGAGGUAUAGAGAAAAUCAAUGUUAAGUUUGUUCCCAAAAAAAACUCGGAAACACUACAUAAAUAUUUUUUGAUAAAUAAUAGAAAUAACGUCACACCGACUCAGUUUUUUCAAAUUAACAACAAAGGCUAGGUUCCGGUAAAACGCCAGGGCAAUAAAAUAUUAUCAGACCACAAAAAUUUGGCCCAAAAAAGUACGUUAUUUGAUAUAAAAAUGGCUAACAACAUUGUAUAUUAUAUUUUUAUUUUUUGUUUCGAACUUAAAAAUGCGGAUUAAAAAUUUCUUAAUGUCAAAGUGUUUCAAAUAAAAAAAUCUAAAACUAACUGAUAUAAUUUAUUUUUAUUAAUUGCAUCACAUUUAUCAGUAGCAUUUCGUUUCCUUUCAUGAACUAUGUUGAAUUUCUCGUUAUCUUUCGGUCGAGAUCCCCUUAAAAAAAAUUGCCGCUAAAUAUCAGAAAAAUGGAUCCCGAAGGCGUAACUUCCUCCGAAUUCAAGGCGCCCUCACUGUCAAAUUCCGCUCGAAUCAGAGUAAUGUAAAGCUAUUGCUGCAAUUGUAAUAAAUGUAGCGUUUAAUACUU